AUGGCGAUUUGUGCAAAAAAUGCUGAGAAUCGAUCAAAGCAGCUUUACACCCACACCGGCGGAUCGAAAAGCUUGGCUAGGCACGGAGAAGAAGAGUCAGAACGACAAGGGAGGAGAGUUGGUAGAGGAGAAUUGUAUCUCUUAACGCACAAAAGAUCUAAUGGGACCUAUAUCCAUGAUACAGCUCGUGUUAUCGGAAAAAGAAUUGAGGCUAUUGAGCAACGUGAUGAAUCCUCUAGACUGUUGUCUCAAAAUGAUUCGCUUGCUCAAGCUCUUGGAAAGGAGCACCCGGGUAGGAUGCGUGGCAUGGGGUUGGGGCCAACUUCUAGUCAAGUAUUCGGUAUGAAUUCCCAUGAGCCGAUCAAUGAUUUUGAAAGGGAGGAAACUCAAAGGGUGCUACUUGAACUACAAGAAGAGUUGGCAGCAGAGAAAUUGAAAAGGAAGGCAGUGGAGGAUGAAGUAGCAGCCGAGAAGACGAAAAGACAGGCAGUGGAGGAUGAAGUAGCAGCUAGAAAUGUCAGGAUGCAGGCAAUGGAAAGUGCUUUGAUAUGUCUACUUCAAGGGCAAGGUAGGAAGCUGCCGUCAGACGUCGCUGCAUGGAUGGGUGCAUUGGAGGGACAGAAUAGAAAGUAG